AUGUCCAUUUUAAACAGCUCCCGUGAGGACGUCCAGCAACGGCCUUCGUCUCGCAAGCCCAAACGUCGAAGGUUCAUAUGGUUCCUGAACUAUAUCCUACCCCCAAGUCUAUUUAACUUGAGACAACGUCGGACGGAACAAGUCAGUCCUGCCGGUCAUUUCACGGUCGCUUCCUCAGUUUAUCGUAAUCAAUCAACACAAACACCUACCUGGGAUCCGUGGAGCACAGCUGGAUUCGAAGAGCAACUUUCUGGGCCGAGUACCCCGCGGCGCAAUAUCAUCUAUAGUCAGAGUAACAGUCUUCGAGUACCCUUUCUGCCGGAAGAUGAUCAUCCCCUGCGAGACGGUCUCGCAGCCAAAAACUUCGCAAGUGGGCUGACACCAUUAUCGUCGUCGUCUAGCGACCCGUCAUUCCUCGCGGUACCAGAUUUCACCGAGACUACUGUGUCCCAAUACGUUGGAACCGAGCAUACAACUCCAUUUGUGCUAGACAACGAUACCGGCGACAUUCCUGGUGUCAUGCCGAGUCCGACCGGAAAGAAAAACCUGUUUCUAGAAACCGCCUAUAUCAUUAGCCCGGAUGGCACAAAGGGUGGUGUUUUGAUGGUAAUAGACACACAGUCAUGUUGCAAUCUCCUCAGCGUAGAGAGAUCUGAACACUUGGGCCUCGAGUGGGAGCCAUACGACCGGGUUUUGUAUCCUUUGCAGACUGUAUCCUCGCCGAUCGGAGUGAUCAGGCCGUACGGUAUUGUUAGGGACGUUGAAUGGCACAUCUCCGGCCACAUGAUAACCAAUAUCUCCGAUUUCUUGGUCGUCGAUAUGAAAGAUUACGACGCGGUUCUCGGUCAAAGCGACAUCAUUAGAUACGAGAUUCUUAGACCCGGUCCCGGACUUGAGCGCCCUGCCGUCGAUCGAAACUUGACUCUGGCCUAA